AUGGAAAAAGAAACCAGGCUCGGGACUCGGUUCUUUUGCUCUCGGUUUCUUGCUUUGCUGCGGAAUUGGCGAGGCGGGGGCUCGCAGCUGCUCGCUCGUGGGACGUCAUUGUUCGGGUCUGAAGGGUUCGAUUUAUGGUCCUCGAUGGCUCGUCUCAGCCGUACAAGGAUCGGAUUCGGGUCUGCCGUUGCCGGAAACUGGAGUUCUUCAACUGUCGGAGCUCGUCUCAGCCCCGAUAAGGCUAACUCUCAACCGCUGGACAUGACCGCUUCCAGCCAGGUGCUGUUCGGCCCGCUUCAGUCGUGGAGGAGCUUGGGUCUUAUUCGCCGGCAACUGGUACUAGCCUCGUCGCUGCUGGCGUUUAAUUCGCUGGAUACCUCGUCGUCGGCCGGGCCUGUUGCUCACGCUGGGAAUCUCGAAACGCCGAUGAGAUUCACGGACGAUGCAUCGCUGAAACGGGGAGGGGAUUUGGGGCUCGCGACCUAG